AAGAUGUCGCAGCCCAAGAGAAGAAAGCUUGAGUCGGGGGGAGGCGGCGAAGGAGGGGAGGGAACUGAAGAGGAAGAUGGCGGAGAGCAGGAGGCGGCCCUGCCGCGACCCCGGAGGGCUAGGCGGGAGCGGGACCAGCUAUACUAUGACUGCUACUCAGACAUAUCGGUCCACGAGGAGAUGAUUGCGGACCGUGUCCGGACCGAUGCCUACCGCCUGGGCAUCCUGCGGAACUGGGCAGGACUGCGGGGCAAGACUGUGCUGGACGUGGGCGCGGGCACCGGCAUUCUUAGCAUCUUCUGUGUGCAGGCCGGGGCCCGGCGCGUGUACGCGGUGGAGGCCAGCGCCAUCUGGCAACAGGCCUGGGAGGUGGUGCGGCUGAACGGGCUGGAGGAUCGGGUGCACGUCCUGCCGGGGCCGGUGGAGACGGUGGAGUUGCCGGAGCAGGUGGAUGCCAUCGUGAGCGAGUGGAUGGGCUACGGACUCCUGCACGAGUCUAUGCUGAGCUCUGUGCUCUACGCGCGGACCAAGUGGCUGAAGGAGGGCGGUCUUCUCCUGCCGGCUUCCGCCGAGCUCUUCGUGGCGCCCAUCAGCGACCAGAUGCUGGAGUUGCGCCUGGGCUUCUGGAGCCAGGUGAAGCAGCUCUACGGGGUGGACAUGAGCUGUCUGGAGAGCUUCGCCACGCGCUGCCUUAUGGGCCACUCGGAGAUCGUGGUGCAGGGUUUGUCCGGGGAGGACGUACUGGCCCGGCCGCAGUGCUUUGCUCAGCUGGAGCUGGCCCGCACCGGCCUGGAGCAGGAGCUGGAGGCUGGGGUGGGCGGGCGCUUCCGCUUCAGUUGCUACGGCUCAGCGCCCAUGCACGGCUUUGCCAUCUGGUUCCAGGUGACCUUCCCCGGAGGGGACUCGGAGAAACCCCUGGUGCUGUCCACCUCGCCUUUUCACCCCGUCACGCACUGGAAGCAGGCACUCCUCUACCUGAACGAGCCUGUGCAAGUGGAACAAGAUACGGACAUUUCCGGAGAGAUCACGCUGCUGCCCUCCCGGGAUAACCACCGUCUCCUGCGCGUGCUACUGCGCUACAAAGUAGGCGACCAGGAGGAAAAGACCAAAGACUUUGCCAUGGAGGACUGAGCGUUGCCUUUUCUCCCAGCUACCUCCCGAGGCGCCCAGACCUGCGUGGUAGAGGCGGCGGGGGGUCGGAGGAGAAAGGGAGAUCCCACGUGCAAGUAGGGGGCAAUAUCUUCUGUCUCCCUUUUCCCUCGUGGCUCCUGGGGAGGGAGAGUGACUUCAGUCUCCCUUCGAGGAGAUUCUUCUGGCGAAAUUUAUUUAAAAAGUGAAUCCCGAUACCCCCAACGAUGGAAACAACUUGUUUAUUAAUGGGCUUUUUUAAGUCUCAAAAGCAUGUGGUACCAAGCACUUGUAUUUCUAUUUCUUUUGUUUCACGGGAAGAAAGCAAACACACAGGAGAAAAUACCAGUUUAUGAAGCUCAUGCACUUCCCUGACACCUCACAUCUAAAUCUGAAGCCAGGGAGAAGGGUAAAGGGGUUUAGUAGAUUCCAUAAAUUUCCAGUAUGACUUAAAUAUCUCUCUCAAGAGCCAUAUUCUGUCAUUCUCUAAAUUCCCUCCUUUCCUAGGUGCCUCUAGGCUUCAGUACUUCUUCCUCAUUGUUUUUUUAAAUAAACUUUGCUUCUGGUAAUGAGAGGGAGAAGAGUGAGGAAGGAGUUUGAAUAACCCUGUUCUUACACUUAUGACUUCCAUAGGGUGCUAAAGUUGAACACAUUUCUCCACACAUCUCCACAAAUAUAUAAUUGUGCAGCAUACCCCAAAAAUCUAGAAGGUACAUUUAGGAGAAAAAGAUCUGAAAGACAGUGAAGUGGUAGUAUGGGCUUUUUUUUUUUUUUAUUCUUUAUUAUUAAGAUUUAACCAAGAAAUUGUUUCAUGUAUGUUACAUAAUAGAGUUUUAUGUGAUUUUUAUUAAACCAGCUGAUAGAAGGUUUUCUGAACCUAACCCAAGGGUUUGUUCAUUAUAUUGGGUAAAUUGUUUAGGCUCUCUAAAUUAAAUAUUUUCCCAGCUAGAGAAGUGCACUCAUUUUAACUCAUUUAAAGAGAUCAGGUGAUCUGGCCUACUUACAUCAAGUGAAAUUUCCUUUUUUAGCGUUGUUGGGUUUUUUUUCCUUCUUUUUAGCUCAGCCAAAUGUUAAAGUUGUGAAUUUCGGAAAAUCAUUUGUAAUGAAGUGUGAGUCAUGUUAUCAAAUUUAUUUUACAGAUGUUUCCCUCCUUAACCCUGUGGCAAAUAAAACAUUGGCAUUCUAUUUUUAUAGAUGAAGUAAGAAGUCUUGUGUACUGUGACUUAUAAUGCUUUUGCCUUUUUAAUAUUGUCAGUUCUUAAGAAAAGUGUUACAACCCCUUCAGGAUAUAGCUUCAGGGUAAUUUAUGCUUAAUGUAUGUUUUUUUCUUCAUACUGGUAGCUUUUGUAUCUUAAUAGCAGGUGUGAAAAAGUGGUCUUUGAAGUGAUCAACAUAGUUUUGUUUAUUGUAACUGAGUUUUCUCCUUUAUUCAUCACAUAUUAAAGUACCAAAGUAUU